GGAUGGCAGGCGAUGUUAUUGGAUGCUGCAUCGAUCUAGAUGAAGGCACAAUUUCUUACAGCAGGAAUGGACAUUCUUUAGGCAUGGCAUUUGACAAUGUGCAGUAUGGUCCAGGUCUUGCUUAUUUCCCUGCAGUCAGUCUUUCUUACGGCGAAUCCUGCCAGAUGAAUUUUGGGGCAGCACCUUUCAAAUUUCCUGUUGAAGAUUACAAGCCUCUUCAAGAUCCUCCGUUCUCAGAUGUAGCCAAAGCUAUGGAGCUUACUUCGUGUUUGGAGAGACUUUUACCAGCUCCAGACAGAGUUCCUUGGUUACCGCCUUCUCUUCAUGGUCGCUCUGAUACUCUAACUCUCCUUACCACUGCGCAUGUCUUUGAAAAACUGGGGCCUCUGUUGACUGGAGGUUAUGUGGUGGAAGAGGUGCUCCUGCCGUUUUUGCUCAAAUCCUGCUCUGGAAGUAAUCCAUUGGAUCAUCAGCCAGGCGUGCACAAAAUACUGGAUCUUAUGUGGGUGUGCAUGGAGGAAUUUGAAAUCGAACCAUGUCUGAGCCACUUGCUGAAUGCGCUUAUCAAGUUUUACUGGUUUCAACCGGUUACGUUGGAUUUCAGGUCACAGGUUCGUUGUCUGUCCUUGGCCCUUGCUAUCCUUAAACACGACAGGACUCGCAGGCUUUGGAUUGCUUGCAAAGCUUUUCCUCAGAAGUUUAGUUAUUUUAUGCAUAUCAAACCGCCGGAUGACAACAUUCUACAGUCGUCGUUUCCUUUGGUUUGGUGGGAAAGCGACGAUGAAACUUCUAAGCCAAGUGAGGCAUCUAAAAGAGAAUACACGACAGCCUGUAAUAAACUUAAAAAUAAAAUUCAAGUGUUGGAGAAUAUUCAGGUGGAGAUUUGCAAGAUUUUGUUAAAAGGCGAUGAUCGACCAACACAGGACUCCAAAUCAACAAGAGUGCUUUUUCUUGAAAAGUUUAGAAAAUUCCUUCAGGAAAAUAUGAUGACCAUUGCGCUUCAGCCGUCCAGCGCAUGCGCAGGACCAGUGAUCACGUGUUUCUACCACAGAUUGGUGCAAGCAGUCCGCUGGCAUUGGGAGCAGUGGGUUCAUGAAAACAAAUCUCCAAUCAAAAGUAAAGAUGCUUACGUCCCCAACCACAUUUUCCUCGACGACAAAGUUCACUUUUGGGACCUUCCAAGACUUGGUGGCGUGCUGUCACAUCUCAAAAAAGCCUACCCUGAUGCCAUCGAAACAUCAGCCAACCGAGUGAAGUCUGGUGAGGCGGACGAACAAUCUUUGACUUGCGAAGAUCGCAAUCUCGAACCCUCAUUGGUUGAAAUGUUGGAUGGCGUCAUCAUGCUGUACCACAUUGCUGUGCACAAGCAGCUAUCGAAGGUGAGAGCGGUCCGGGACAAUAUGAAACAAAACAUCAAAGCUCUGGAAGAAACAAUGGGGAAGAUCAGACGCUGUGAACCAGAGAGAACAGACGUGCUAACAGAACUGGAAAGAUCUAAGAGAGUAUUCAUGCAAGAAAGCACGAACUGCGCAAGGCACAUGGCUUGGGUUUCCACUCUUAUUUUCACNNAGGAGAAACAGAACGACGUUCACUGGAUGUUGAAUUGUAUUGUGUCAUCCCUGGAGCGGGGAUCCUCUAAAGAACCUCUCUUUGAGUUCACGCCUGAGUUCUACAUGGAGGCCGCUAUCAAUGCGUUUCACGGGCUCAGGCACUACUUCCAUCCUACUACAAACUUCGACGAUAUUCCAGAUGCCAAUGGUACUCUUCAAAAAAUGGCGGUCUUUUUGUGCACGCACUUUAUCAACCAAAAAAUUAUCAAUCCAGAUUUACGGGAUGUUAUUAUUCAAGCUUUAGCUGCAUUUGUCUGUUACCCAGACAGUCUUGCAGCAAUGGAGAACAUGCCAGAAGCUCUGUUGGAAAAAUGUGUUCGUUCUCUUAUGGCGGCUUAUGACAAACGAUCUUGGGUUCAAACAACAUGGAUUCUGGUGCGAAUAUGGAAGGGCUGUGGAUUUGCGUUUCGUUACACGAGUUCGCCAGACGUCAUUACGCUGGGAUUGCCUGAGCAAGGCCAUUUGCGAGCCAGUCUUCAACCUCCUCAUCCUUCUAAGAAAUGCCAGCGACUCUUUGGUCAGCUGUGCGUUAAAGACAACCAACUGGCAAACGAGUUUCUUAACGGCCUGCUAAACCAGUUGAACUGGUCUUUCUCGGAGUUUAUAGGAAUGUUACAAGAGAUUCAACAGGCCACACAUCGCAUGGAGACUGUACUGGAUUCCCGCCAGUUACGAACAUGCGCAGUUUGUUUUGAUUUGACUGUCGGGUUAAUGCGGGUGUUAGAGAUGGUCGCCACAGCUGCCCCUGAGGUGUUCACGGACUGGAAACGACAGUCCGCUGAACUUCACAUCGCUCGCCUUUUCCAGUUGUUAACUCAGGUGCUUAAUCGUGUGACAGCCAGUUCAAAUCUGUUUGAGAACGUAACGAGGCUUCAUCUACCAGGACUGGAAACAGUAGAUAGGUUUCCAAUUCUUGGUGCUGUUACUGGCAUCCUGCUGACGCUGCUUAUGGAAGGCACAAUUGAAAGCAAGGAGAGAGCCACUUCAGCCCUGUUAGCGGAGCCUGGGUACAGUCUGGACACCGUGUGCUUUUUAGUUGGCGGGAAGACAGCUGCUGGCGAGAAAUCGUCUGAAUCAUCACAAAAAUUCUCCUUCAAAACAUUGGUAAACAAAGACGUAACGACAGAGGAGGUACAGCGUGUCGAAGAUCUAGUGAUGUAUCUUGACGGGCAGAACUCGGAGACUGGGCUCCAGAAACAGGAAUCCGUGGAUGUCGAUGAAUUAUGUCCCAUCUGUUGCGCAGUCAAGAUCUCCGUCAGGUUCAUUCCGUGCGGUCAUGCAUCAUGCAGAUCCUGCAUAUCUCGCCACCUAAUGAACAACAAAGAAUGCUUCUUUUGCAAGAAUAUCGUGAGCGAACUAGAGGAGAUUACUGGUGAAGCUGGUGCCGGCAAGAAACAGUGAACUGUAGAAAUUGCUAACUCAAUCUGCUUGAUGCUGAUAACUUAAACAAGGCUUGUAAAUAUGUUGUCGCUGGUUAUAUUUUUGAACUGCGGGAGUAAAAUGAACUUGCUUUAACCAAGCGAGAAAGGAAGCAAGCAGGUUCCGAAUGUUCGAAGGCUGGAUAAUGCUAUCCACCGGAUAAAUCGUUAUCCCGUGGAUAAGUGUUAACAAAACAAACCACGCUAUCCACUGGAGUGAUUUAUCCGGUAGAUAGCGUUAUCUACAUUGCAAACAACCCGGGCCAGGUGGCUACGAAGGUUACCUGGCUAACAAUUAAAAGAUGGCACCUGGAACUGGUCGAUUGUUGAAAGAGGCUUCGACGUGGCGUUUUUCUAAAGUUUGUCACAAUUAAGAGGAACAAGUGCAAUAAAGACGUUAAGUAGUUUUAGGAAAGUUUCUUCAGAAGAUUAGAAUAUUAAUUGGAAGGUUGUAAAUUGUUUGAAUAAUUUACAACCUUAGAAAGUGUCAUAUUUGGACAUCAUCAGAAGUGCUCAGCUUAAACAUUUUCGGAGGUCGUCGGGUGGUCUUGCGAAAUCUCGAAGUAGUUUUUUUUGCCGUUGACGAUCAGUAUGCAACGAAGCAUAUCCUAUAUCUAAAGUAACUAGUGAGACAAUCUCAGAUAGUGCAGAAUGUAAUGUAUAGCUCUGGUGAGUUGUGUGAUACAAAAGCAAUGCUCGCACUCUUGUAAGUCGAUUUUACAUGAACGAAUUGUACAUCGUAGACGUAUAGCAAAGUACGAAGAAUAAAUGUGUGAAGUCCAAA